AUGGAAGAUGUCGUCAACGGCACAGUCCCAACGGUUAUCCUGUUUGCUAUGAUCAGUCUCUCGGCGAGGUUUUCAGAAGAUCCUUUCUUCGCCGGAAUUGAUCCACGGAUCCGGGGCAGGCCAUAUGCCUUAGAAGCUGAGCAUCUCUUCAACCCGCGAGAAGUCUCCUUGACGACGUUGCAGGCGGCUGUCCUUCUGGGCGCCUAUGUCAUCACGGAAGGGGAGGCUGCGGCUGAGGCUGUCUUCUACAGUGUGGCCUGUCGGAAUGCGCUCUUGCUGGACCUUCCCAACAUGGCCGUUCCAUCUCGCGCCGAGCAGGAGGUGAAUCGGCGAGCGUGGUGGACGCUCUGUAUGAUUGACGUCUGGUCUUCAAGGGGUGUCCGGAUCCCGCGAAUGCUGACGCCCAGAAAUGACGUUCCCUAUCCAAUGGAAGAGACAGUGUUUCACGGACUGCGCUCCGAUGGCUUUGACGUCCCAAGCCCAUCCAGCCUGCAGGAGUCGAGCGCAUCGCUGCUGACACAGAUGAUCAAGCUGAAUGCGAUCCUGUUUGAGAUCAGCACUGUCAAUGAACUGGCGGCGUCCCAUUCCCACCUCAGCAUCCAUCACCAGGAAGCCGUUGAUGCACUCACUGCCAAGUUAGAAGGCUGGUACAACAACUUGCCCGUCGGGCUGCAGGACACCCAUGCAAACCUGUCACGUUACGCCACAAUUGGGCUCGGUCCAAUGUUCGUGGCUGUGUACCUGGGCUACUACCACUACGGGCAGUUACUGUACUACCCAUACUUGCACGAGGAUUCAUAUGACGAUACCAUUCAUGCGCGAUAUUACGCAGACAAAUGCAAGGGCCACUCGAUCGGGCUCUGCGAGAUCCUGUACCGGGCAUAUUCCACCCCAGGCUGCGAGGUAUACUACACAAUGGUCGGGCACGUCUUGGUCAUUGCGUCAACCGUCCAACUCCACAUCCUGCUCUUCAGCACCAACGAGGUACAAAUCAGAGCUGCGCGAUCGCGGCUGGAAAGGAACUUUGAGAUCUUGACACGCCUGCAGACGUUCUGGCCCACCUUGGACGUGUGCUUCACGCGGUUCCGCGAGUUUCACAAAGCGUGCCAGAAAUAUAAAGAGACGUCCUUCCGCAUGGACAAAUGGAUGCUGCAAUUCCUGUUUGAGUUUGCAAACCCCGUGGGCGAAAAAGACCCGGAUGAUCUCGCAGAGCUCAGACCGUGGUCCCUGCAGGACUUGGGAUUCACGCCUCCUGCUUGA